AUGGGGUCCACUGCCAGAGGCCAGAAUCUAAAUUGUAAUUUUGAACAAAAUUUUUGUCAAUGGACCCAAGCAACCGGCGAUAAAACAGACUGGAAGAGGAUUAAUGGAUCAACACCAACAGGGAGUACAGGUCCACCACAUGACCACACGACUGGACAUGGAAACUAUGCGUACUUUGAGGCUAAUGCAGGAACCGCUGGUUUUAAUGCCCAGCUGACGAGUCCUGCAGUGAGGGUGUCAGCCCGCAGCAAGGCCUGCUUGUCCUUCUGGUACUAUAUGUAUGGCCAACAUGUCAAUAACCUCAAUGUGUACCUACAGAAAAACAACAACAAUGGCCAACCUGUAUGGCAGCGCAGCGGUGACCAGGGAAACAAAUGGAUGCAUGCGCUAGUCGAUGUUCCUGUCAAUACUAGGGCCAAGUUUGUUUUGGAAGCAGUUCGAGGUCGGGGCUACAAAGGAGACAUUGCUAUUGAUGACAUCACGUAUAAUACCAGACCAUGUCCCCAGAAUGGCGUGAAUACUUCUACCAGUAUUCAGUGCAACUUUGAAGAUGGCCGUAUUUGUGGCUAUACACAGGAUCAGAGUGACAACUUUGACUGGACACGGGCAUCAGGUGCUACUCUUACAUCAGGAACUGGCCCCAACAUUGACCACACUUAUGGUACACAACAAGGUCAUUAUGUGUACAUUGAUGCAUCAAAUACUCAGUCUGGUCAAAAAGCUCGCCUUAUCAGUCCGUCCAGCACUGGUCGAAGAAGCAUGUGUUUGACCUUUUACUACAGCAUGUAUGGAACUGGUGUGGACAGUCUCAAUGUAUAUACCAAGUCUAGAAACUCUCUCGGGCAGCCUGUCUGGACCCUUAGUGGCAACCAAGGGGUGGGCUGGAAUAUUGCUCAAGUCACACUACGGAGAGGAAGGGCUUUCAAUGUUGUGUUUGAAGCAGUGAGAGGACAAGGCUUUAAGGGGGACAUAGCUAUUGAUGAUGUUAGUGUCGCUUCAGGAAACUGCCCAGCCAUUGGAACCUGUAACUUUGAUAAAAACUUAUGUGGGUGGACUAAUGUGAGGCAGGAUGAUUUUGACUGGAUGCGUCAUCAUGGAACAACAAGUUCAAGAAACACAGGUCCUUCAGCAGACCACACCCAUGGCAACAAUAGAGGUUACUAUGUGUACACUGAGGCAAGCUCUCCGCAGCGACCUAAUGACCAAGCUCGCUUGAUUAGUCAAGUGUUUCGAAAGUCCUCCAGACAGAAGUGUUUCCAGUUCUGGUAUAACAUGCAAGGGUCUGACAUUGGAACGCUCACAGUCAUAAUGAAUGUGAAUGGUGUAGACCGACCUAUCUGGACAUUGAGUGGCAGUCAGAAUGGCACCUGGAUAUUUGGACGCGUUCCCAUCACCAACAACCAAAAUAACUUCAAGCUGGCCAUUGUUGGCAUACGUGGUAAAGGAGUUCAAGGAGACAUUGCUUUGGAUGACUUUCUUGUGAGAAAUUCUAUAUGUACAAUAUCUCCACGUAAUGCCCAACCUUCAUCGCAGAUUUCAACAAAACCACCAACAACUGCAUCAACAAAGGCAACAACGCCAGGAGGAACAUCUCCUCCAGCAAGUACAAACUCAGUCACAUGCAAUUUCGACUCAAACUUCUGUGGUUGGACAAACCCUAAAAAUGAUGAUUUUGAUUGGACAAGGCAGAACAGGCCAACAGUAACUGGCCGCACUGGACCCUCCUCUGACCACACCUCUGGACAUGGUUACUAUGUGUUUACUGAAUCAUCCCAGCGACAUGUCAAUGAAAAAGCACUACUACAGAGUGUUCAAGUGAGGCAGACUGGUCCACAUUGCCUCAUUUUCUGGUAUCAUAUGUACGGGUCAGAUAUUGGGACACUGAAUCUGUAUGUACAGACAGGGGCAACUCCUGGAUCCCCAGAGUGGACACGCUCUGGAAAUCAAGGGAACCAGUGGAGGCAAGCAAAUGUGACCUUCACCCCCGCUGCUCCCUUCAAUCUCAUAUUUGAAGGCAUUAUGACAGAUGGUUACCAUGGUGAUAUUUCUAUGGAUGAUGUAACGCUGAAAAGUGGAACAUGUUCAGGGUCAUCGUCACUCAGUGGAAGGACAUGCAGUUUUGAGGAUGCUCAUAUCUGUGGAUAUACACAGGACAAAACUGACGUGUUUGACUGGACAAGACACUCAGGAUCAACAUCAUCUUCAGGGACAGGACCCUCAAAUGAUCACACAUACAAUACCAAACAAGGCUUUUAUAUGUACAUUGAGACGUCUGCUCCACGUCAAGCUGGGGAUACCGCACGAUUGAUCUCUCCGACUUACACUGACAGCCAAGCCAUGUGUGUCCAGUUUUACUACCAUAUAUAUGGCACAACCGUAGGGGCACUCAACGUAUACAUACAGGAAGGGAUGUCCAUAGAGUUGAAUCACCCAAAGGAAGGGAUGCCCAUAGGGUUGAAUCACCCAAAGGAAGGGAUAUCCAUAGAGUUGAAUCACCCAAAGGAAGGGAUGUCCAUAGAGCUGAAUCACCCAAAGGAAGGGAUGCCCAUAGAGUUGAAUCACCCAAAAGAAGGGAUGCUGAUAGUGUUGAAUCACCCAAAAGAAGAGAUGCCCAUAGGGCUGAAUCACCCAAAGGAAGGGAUGCCCAUAGGGUUGAAUCACCCAAAAGAAGAGAUGCCCAUAGGUCUGAAUCACCCAAAAGAAAAGAUGCCCAUAGGGUUGAAUCACCCAAAAGAAGAGAUGCCCAUAGGGUUGAAUCACCCAAAAGAAGAGAUGCCCAUAGGGCUGAAUCACCCAAAGGAAGGGAUGCCCAUAGGGUUGAAUCACCAAAAAGAAGGGAUGCCCAUAGGGUUGAAUCACCCAAAAGAAGAGAUGCCCACUGGCGGCCAAUUAGGGAGAGCUGGUUUUACAAUGUCUAACAAUGAUGGGAAUGUCUGGCACCUUGGAGAAAUAACAGUUCCAUCCUCAGCUGCCACAGCUGGAUACAAGGUUGUCUUUGAGGGAGUGAGAGGUUCAAAUGCCAGAGGGGACAUUGCUAUUGAUGACAUCAAAUUUAAAUCAGGACCUUGUCAAAACCCAGGCGAGUGUGACUUUGAAACAGGUCAAUGUACCUGGUCCAAUGUACAAAUAGGAGAUCAGUUUGACUGGGAAAUUAAUUCGGGUACAACAUCAUCACAGUUCACUGGUCCUAGGACAGACCACACAACUGGAGGCUCAACCGGUCACUACAUGUAUAUAGAGACAUCUGCGCCGCAACUGGCUGGGAACGUUGCUUGGCUAGUGAGUGAGGUUUUCCCACCAACAUCUGCGUCUGGACGCUGUAUAUCCUUCUGGUACAACAUGUACGGCCAAACCAUAGACACUCUUACAGUCCUCAUGAGGGUUCAAGGUACUGCUGACUCAGCUAUUUGGAGUCUGACUGGUGACCAGGGACAACAAUGGCAGGCUGCCAGUGCUCCAAUUAGUAUGCCCACUAAAAGUUACCAGAUUGUGUUCCAAGGGCGAAGAGGAACAUCUGUUACUGGUGAUAUAGCAAUUGAUGAUAUAUCUUUUGCUGAAUCCAGCUGUGGAGUGAGACCAAGUCGGGCCCAUCCUAUAAUUGGACCAACCACCAUGUCUACUACCAUUACAACACCCGUAGCCCAAGGGUCAUUCAACUGCAGCUUCGAUACUAACUUCUGUGGUUGGAUCCAGGAUAAAACCGAUAAUUUUGAUUGGACAAGGAUGCGAGGGCGUACUCAGAGUAGCUCAACAGGUCCCAACUCUGAUCAUAGUGGAAGUGGCUAUUACGUAUACACGGAGGCAUCUAGGCCAAGGCAAAACGGAGACAAAGCUCGACUGAUAAGCCCUGAUGUAGCUAACACUGGCACCCCAACCAAGUGUCUCACUUUCUGGUAUUUCAUGAUGGGACGUAAUGUAGCCCAAUUAAAUGUCUAUACCAAGAGCGGUCUGGCACUGCCCUCUAGCCCUAUCUGGAGGCGAAGUGGAAAUCAGGGUAACCGAUGGUUGAUGGGCCAAAUUGACAUUACUGCCAAAACCGUUUUCAAUGUGGUCUUUGAGAGUACCCGAGGCGGUAUUUUUGGUGAUAUAGCUAUAGAUGAUGUGGGCAUUUCAGAAGGCAGUUGUACAAAUGGGCCUGCAAUGUCAUGUGAUUUUGAGAGUUCAAUGAUUUGUGGAUUUCAACAAAGUCAUGCUGAUCAAUUGGACUGGACAAGAGGAAGUGGCACAACCAGCUCAACUGGAACUGGACCGACUAAUGACCACACCUAUGGAACAUCAAAUGGUCAUUACAUGUACAUGGAGGCAAGUGGACAUCAUCAAGGAAACAAAGCUCGCUUAAUCAGUCCCAUUUACCAAAGCCCCAGUACACCAAUGUGUCUCCGAUUCUGGUACAACAUGUAUGGAAGCACUGUACAGACCCUCAAUGUCUAUAGACAGACACGUGGAGUCCUAGGAUCUCCAAUAUGGACCAAUUCAGGUUCCCGUGGCAGUCAUUGGUUUGUGGCAUCUGUCAACAUCCCAGUUAGCCAGUCCAACUCGCCUUACCAGAUCGUGUUUGAAGCUGUUAGAGGACGUGACUAUCGCAGUGACAUUGCUAUUGAUGAUUUCUCCAUUACUGGUGGAGCUUGUCCUUUAGAAGGGGUUUGUAACUUUGACAAUGGAUUCUGUACCUGGACAAAUGCCAAGAGUGGAGACCAGUUUGACUGGACAUUAGGGACUAGGACCACAUCCAGUACCUUUAUGACAGCCUUCUCUGACCACACCGGCGCCAAUGGGCAAUAUGCCUACCUAGAGUCAUCCAACCCUAUCCAUCCUGGAUAUGAUGCCAAACUUGUGAGCGAGAGUCUAAGUGCCCAUACCCAUAAGUGUAUGUACUUCUGGUACAACCUCUAUGGUAGCAACAUUGGUACACUACGUGUAUGGAGCAGCACUACCACCAGCAACCCAAAACCUUUGUGGGAGCUUUCAGUUAGCCAGCAGACUCAGUGGUCAAAAGGCAUUGUUCCUCUACAGGAUCAGAACACCAGCUUUACAGUGAUCUUUGAGGCAGUGAGAGGUUCCAGCAAUGUUGGACACAUCGCCAUUGAUGAUGUGACAUUUGAUAAUGCUCAGACUUGUCAACGUAUGCCAAGCAAUGCUGUUCCGACUGUUACUCAAGCACCCACAACCAACACCGCAUCAACAAGAACAAGCCAGAUCACAACCCAUUCUACUAAGACUACACCUUCUCCCAGAUCUACAUCUAAACCUACAGGUGGCAAUAACUUCACCUGUGACUUUUCCUAUGACCUCUGUGGCUGGACCCAGGAUCAAACAGAUCAGCUUGAGUGGACCAGACAUCAGGGUACCACGUCAUCUGCAAACACAGGACCCAGAAGUGAUCACACCACAGGAAGUGGUUACUAUGUCUACACAGAGGUAUCAAGCAAACAAAGAGGAAAUAAAGCCCGCCUGGACAGUCCUGUUGUUCCAAUGACCAGUGGUCAGCAAAAGUGUGUGACCUUUUGGUAUUCUAUGUAUGGGGCAAAUGUUGGCAGCUUGACUGUUUAUGUGACCACCAACAUCCAAUCCCUUGGUCAGCCUGUUUGGCAAAGGACUGGUAACCAGGGCAACUUGUGGCACAGCAGUCAGUUCACUCUAAAUGGUACAGGCUCCCUCCAGGUCGUGUUUGAAACGUCUCGGGGGAAUGGUUAUCAAGGUGACAUUGCUUUGGAUGACAUCAGCCUGGCAGUGGGACCAUGUUCUGGACAAACAUCAACAUCAGCCCAGAAUGUUGGAAUCUUAUCAUGUGAUUUUGAGUCAGGCAGUAUUUGUGGAUACACACAGGAUAAAUCAGACAACUUUGACUGGACAAGAAAUCAUGGCAGAACUGGUUCGGCAAGAACUGGACCUUUCAAUGACCACACAUUGGGAACCCCAUCAGGUAACUAUAUGUACAUAGAGACUUCAAGGCCACGAACCCCUAACCAGAAAGCUCGUCUGUUAUCACCAACGACAUCAUACACCGCAGGACCAGCUUGUGUGUCAUUCUGGUACCAUAUGUAUGGCGGCAAUAUUGGAGCUCUGAACUUGUAUUCAAAAGUGGGAUCUAAUCUCGGCCAGCCCAUAUGGUCACGUCAUAAUAAUCAAGGCAACCAUUGGAGCACAGGACAAGUGACUGUCCAUCCAUCAGGGGCAUACCAGAUUGUCUUUGAAGGAAUUGUUGGAAAUGGUUUUGCUGGUGACAUAGCUAUUGAUGAUGUCAAAGUUACACCUGGAACUUGUGGCUCAAGUGGUGCUUGCAAUUUUGAUAAAGGCAAUUUCUGUUCCUGGUCUAACCUUAAGACUGAUGAUUUUGAUUGGUCCAUAAGACAAGGCCACACCCCCAGCUCUCAGACAGGUCCAACCUAUGAUCAUACCCAAAACAAUAGGAAUGGAAGAUAUAUCUACAUUGAGACAAGCGUCCCUCGUCGAAAAGGUCAGAAAGCUCAGCUUCAGAGUGAGUCGUUCACCCCAACUGGAAAGGGAACCAAGUGUUUUAAGUUCUGGUAUCACAUGUAUGGUUCACACAUGGGCUCUUUGAAUGUGUAUGUUGUACAGAACUCUUCUAACACUCUCAUGUGGACACUCAGUGGUAACCAAGGAAACAACUGGCACUCCGCCCAAUUUCCUGUCACUUCAUCACAAAGUUUCAGGAUCCUAAUUGAGGGAGUUGUAAUGGGAAGUGUCACUGGAGAUGCUGCUCUUGAUGACCUUGCCUUUACCAAUGGCGUGUGUGGAUGGUCUCCAACUACAGCAGCACCACCAAACCUGACCACGCCUUCUAGCAGUCCAGCUACCACGCCAGCAACCACCACCAAUCCACCCAUCACUAGUUGUAAUUUUGAGUCGGGAACUUGUGGAUGGACUCAGGCUAAAGAUGAUCAGUUUGACUGGACUCGUCAGAAAGGCCAUACAGCGACUACAAACACUGGGCCAACUAGUGAUCACACAACAGGAAAUGGCUACUACAUGUUUAUUGAGGCUAGUUCACCUCGCAGGAAUGGGGAUAAGGCACGACUUGUGAGCCCACCUAUUACAGGGUCUGGGCAGAUGUGUCUCAACUUCUGGUACCAUAUGUUUGGGGCCAAUAUCAACAGUCUCAAUGUAUACAUUCUCCGCAGUGCCUCCUUGGGAACAGCUGUUUGGACAAAACAAGGAACACAGGGAAAUAGUUGGAAACUGGCACAAGUCCCUCUGAAUGUUCAGGGACAGUUCUCUAUUGUAAUGGAAGCCACCAGAGGAGUGUCCUACCUCGGGGAUAUUGCCAUUGAUGAUGUUGCCUUGACGUCAGGAAGUUGUUCAGGCAACACCAAUCCACAAUUCUGCAAUUUCGAAAACAAGGACCUAUGUGGCUACCAUCAAGACAACACUGACAACUUCGACUGGACAUGGCAAAAAGGACGCACAGCUUCUGCAAACACUGGACCAACCACUGACCACACUUUUGGAACACCUUAUGGUCACUACAUGUUCAUCGAGUCUUCAACACCCCGUGUUACCGGUGAUAAAGCAAGGAUCAUUUCUCCGUUGUACAGUGCAACUACUACCGACCAAUGUGUACAGUUUUACUAUCAUAUGUACGGACGUCAGAUUGGAAGUCUUAACCUCAAGCUGAAAGUACAAAAUACUCUUGGCAACAACGUAUGGACAAAGGCAGGUAACCAAGGCAAUGUGUGGAACGUGGCUCAGGUGACACUAGCAUCUAGUCGCCUCACUCUUCCUUAUCAGCUGGUGUUUGAGGCUGUUCGUGGGAGUGGGUACUUAAGUGAUAUUGCCUUGGAUGAUAUUCAGAUACAAAAUGGUCCUUGUGUUUCUCAAGGUGCCUGUAACUUUGAGCGUGGCUUGUGUACAUGGAGUAAUGCCCAUACUGGUGAUGACUUUGACUGGAAGCAGAGUUCUGGUGUCACAAAUUCCCAGAACACUGGCCCCUCUGUGGACCACACCCUCCAAACAACUGCAGGUAAAUACCUCUACUUGGAGGCAUCAGCUCCCCGCAAACAAGGUGAUCGCACAUGGCUGCUGAGUCAGAAUUUUAACCCUACUAAGUCAGGAUGUUUCAGUUUCUGGUAUAAUAUGAAUGGCCACAACAUUGGCACACUGGCUGUCUACAUCAGCUACAUCAGUGGAGGAAACAGGACCAUAUGGUCAGUCAGUGGUGACCACGGCAAUAAGUGGAUAAAUGGUCAGGCACCAGUUGUGUCAACCACAGCUUACAAGAUUGUAAUUGAAGGCUUACGAGGAAAUGGAUUUGCAGGAGACAUUGCCAUAGAUGAUCUGCUUGUCUCCAACUCCCUCUGUGGCAUACUUCCAAGUGAAGCUCAACCAGUCAAUCAGACAGGAACCAUGCCACCCAGUGGAUCUACUACGCCAGCAUCAACUUCAGUUCCGGGAGCCUUUUCUUGUAACUUCGAUGCUGGACCUUGUGGAUGGACACAAGAUAAAACCACAGAUACAUUUGAUUGGCUGAAGAAGUCUGGAUCAACCAAUUCCAUUGGCACUGGUCCUCGAUCAGAUCAUACAGGUCAGAUAAUUAAUUCUAAUUGCUCUGGAUCUUAUUACUACAUCGAGACAUCACCACCAAAACAAAGUGGUGACAAGGCCCGCUUUAUUAGCCCGACUGUGACCCUGUCUACAGCCAAUGCUCCGAAAUGUUUCACAUUCUGGUACAACAUGUAUGGUGACCAUAUAGGUACUCUUAAUGUUUACAUGAAGACUGGCAUCCAUUAUAGUUCUGUUAUCUUCAACCGAACAGGAACUCAGGGACAAGCUUGGAAACAGGCAAAUGUCAAUCUUGUGUCAGCUGUCCCAUUUCAGGUGGUUCUGGAGGCUACAUAUGGGAAUGGUUACCGUGGUGACAUUGCUGUAGACGAUGUGUCAAUUGCAGAUGGAUCUUGUCAGCAAGGAUUUAAUGGCUGUAACUUUGAGAACGCUAAUAUCUGUGGCUACACCCAAGACAAGACAGACAUAUUUGACUGGACAAGAAAGACAGGAUCAACUGGCACUAGGGGCACUGGACCAUCCAAUGACCACACAUAUGGUAGUUCUAGAGGUCACUACAUGUAUAUUGAGGCAUCAGCACCCAGGCAUCAGGGUGAUGUGGCCCGCCUCAUAUCUUCCCAAGAGCCAUCUACAGGCCAGAGUAGUAUUUGUGUGGAGUUUUGGUACCACAUGUAUGGGCGACAGACAGGAACUCUUAGUUUGUAUCUACGGCAUGGUAGCAAUAAUGGAAACCCAGUCUGGACUAAACAAGGUAACCAAGGAAACCGCUGGGUAAAGGCAACAUAUGGCGUUGCAGCAAACACACCAGCCUUCAAUUUGGUGUUUGAAGCUACCCGCGGGUCUGGCUAUGUGGGUGACAUCGCUAUUGAUGAUGUAUCAGUGAAAAGAGGCUCUUGCUCGUCAGCAGGAAGCUGUAACUUCGAACUAGACUUGUGUACCUGGAGUAAUGCCCAUACUGGAGAUGAUUUUGAUUGGAUCACAGGAUCUGGAGGAACGACUAGUUCUGGCACUGGUCCACAAGCUGACCACACCCUCAACAAUUCCAAUGGUACCUAUAUCUAUAUUGAGAGUUCAGCACCCCGACAUCCAGGCGACCGGGCAGUUCUACAGAGUGCUACCAUGCAGCCUACACCUGGUCAGUGCAUGCAUUUCUGGUAUCACAUGUUUGGAUCAUCCAUUGGCACUCUUCAGGUAUGGAAACAACCACAAGGGGGCAAUGCCACUAAAAUCUGGGAGCUCUCUGGUAACCAAGGCAACCUGUGGAGGAAUGGUAUUGUACCAAUCAGCAGUACCACUACAUCCUAUCAGGUGUUGGUGGUUGGUAUCCGUGGAAGCAGUUAUUCAGGUGAUAUUGCUGUUGAUGAUUUUAUGUUUGAUACCUCUCCGUGUACAUUGACUCCAUCAAGUGCUCUGCCUGUCAGUACGACUCCAGCUGCCACAACUGUUCAGACACUCAAAGCGCCAACUUCAUAUGUUUGUGAUUUUGAGACAAACCUGUGUGCUUGGACCCAAGACAAAACUGACAACUUUGAUUGGACACGUCAGCGAGGCCCCACCUCCUCAGCAAACACUGGCCCAACCACUGAUCACACCAAAGGCACCAAUCAGGGGUACUAUGUAUUUAUUGAGGCUUCGUCUCCCCGUCGUCCUGGUGAUGUGGCACGUCUGAUUAGUCCAGUCACAGAUGGUUCUAUCAAACAAUGCUUCACAUUCUGGUACCAGAUGUAUGGUGCUCACAUCAAGGCUCUUAACAUUUACUUAAAAAGCAACAAUAAUUCCCUCGGAAAUGUGGUUUGGACCCGACAAGGCACCCAGGGACGACAGUGGAUUCAAGGUCAAGUUCAGAUUCCAGGAGGCGCAGCAACACAUAGUGUCACGAAUGUUGUUAUUGAGGGAGUUCGAGGAAUCGACUACGUUGGAGAUAUUGCUGUAGAUGAUGUAAACCUGUUUGCAGGCAGCUGUUCUGCGGCUGUAGGACCCACUGCUAAUCCUGGAUCACUGUCUACUGCAAUCAACUGUGACUUUGAGAAUGUUAACAUUUGCAACUAUCAGCAAGACAAAACUACAGAUGUUUUUGAUUGGACAAGGAAAAGUUUGGCAACAACCUCACGAUAUACUGGGCCGAGCAAUGACCACACAUAUGGGACAUCAUCAGGUCACUACAUGUACAUUGAGGCAUCAGCACCCCGUCAUCGUGGCGACUCCGCACGUCUGAUGACCCCAGUAUUUUCUGUAUCCUCACAGCAAUGUCUAUCCUUCUGGUUCCAUAUGUAUGGCAACACCAUGGGCACUCUGAAUGUAUAUGCCGUCCAAAACUCAUCCAACCCCAGCUUUGGGGCACCAAUAUGGUCACUAAGUGGUAAUCAAGGAAAUGUAUGGCUCCAGGAGUAUGUACCUCUCCCCUCCUACAGUUCACAGAAGAUCGUGUUUGAAGGUCUUGUGGGGCAGGGUAUCCAAAGUGACAUUGCCAUUGAUGACGUCCAACUGGCUGCUAGCUGUCCUACUCAUGGUGAUUGUAGCUUUGAAAAUGGAACAUGUGGUUGGCGUAACGACAAGACGGACAGCUUUGAUUGGGUUGUUCAUCAAGGCUCGAGAUAUAUAUCACGACAAACCCCAACUGGAGAUCACACCUUCGGAGCAAGGAAAGGUCAUUAUUUGUACUAUAAUGGUCGAAGCACUGUGGCAUCAGGCUCUAAAGCUUCCUAUAUGUCCCAGAUUAUGGCUCCAACUACCAGCACUGGCCAAUGUUUCACAUUCUUCUAUACCAUCACUGGUAACAAUGUAGGAACGCUCAACGGUAUAGUUUUACAGGGUAACACAAGCACUUUGCUGUGGGAUCUUUCCUUCAACCCGUCUACGGGAUGGAAUCAAGGUCAGUUCCCCAUUACUAGUGCCACACCCUUCAGGGUCAUCCUUCAGCUGGCCAAAGGAACAUAUAGAGGAGGUUAUGUUGCUAUUGAUGACAUUGCCUUCAGUGUAGGCACCUGUCAAGUAUUGCCGGUGGAUGCGAUGUCAGGCCAUACGAUGCCUCCUGUUUCUACAAUGCCGACAACAGCCAGUCCAACCAGUGCCCCAGGGCAGUAUGACUGUAACUUUGACAAUGGUAUUUGUACUUGGACCCAAAACAAGGAUGAUCAGUUUGACUGGACACGGCAUAGGGGCAACACUGGAACAGGUGGGACUGGUCCGAGCUCUGAUCACACAUCAGGUUCUGGAUCUUAUCUGUACAUUGAGGCAUCGUCCCCAAGGAGAAACAAUGACAAGGCUAGAUUGACAAGUGCUCCAAUAACAACAACAGGGCCCAAGUGCCUCAAGUUUUGGUACCAUAUGUAUGGUACAGAUGUUAAUACCCUCAAUGUUUACACCAAGGUGGGCUCUUCAUACGGCAUUGCUGUGUGGAGUCACACAGGCACACUCAGCAACAAGUGGUACUCUACAUCUGUAAAUAUCCAAGCCAACUCCACCUAUCAGGUUGUAUUUGAGGGUGUCCGUGGAAUCAGUUACCGUGGUGAUAUUGCCAUUGACGAUGUCAGUAUAGCUGAUGGCUCCUGUCAGGGACCAGUUAGUUCAUGCACCUUUGAAGAUCGCCAGCUAUGUGGCUACUCCCAGGACAGAACAGACAAUUUUGAUUGGUCAUGGAAGAGUGGUCACACAGCAUCUAGUAACACUGGACCAAGCGCGGACCACACCUAUGGGUCAACAAGAGGUCAUUACGUUUACAUUGAAUCCUCCCGACCCCGACAACCUGGUCAGAAAGCACGCCUCCUGAGCACGGACAACAGUGCCACAGUUGGCAGCUGUCUACAGUUCUGGUAUCACAUGUACGGAAGACAGAUUGGCAACCUCACCAUUUAUGUACAACAGGGUGGCAGACAUGGUGCACCCAUCUGGACCAAAUCUGGAAACCAAGGCAACAAGUGGAUAGAGGGUGAAGUGACUGUUAAGGCACAGUCUACUUGGAAGGCUGUAUUUGAAGGAGUGAUAGGAAGUGGCUACCUCAGUGAUAUAGCUAUUGAUGAUGUGAAAAUUGCCCCUGGAGCCUGUACAGGCAAUGGGAACUGUAACUUUGAAAAGGACAUGUGUGUAUGGUCAAAUGUUCAAGGGGACGAUUUUGAUUGGUUGAGAAAGAAGGGUCGUACUCAAAGCCAGUUUACUGGUCCAAGCUCUGACCACACCACAGGUGAUUUCACAGGUUACUAUGUGUUCAUUGAGACAUCAGCACCACGAGUACGAGGUGACAAAGCAUGGCUGGUCAGUAAUCCAAGGUCUCCUAGCACCACUACCACCUGUAUGAGUUUCUGGUACCACAUGUAUGGCACCGCUGUCGGAAGUCUUAAUGUGUAUGCUAAUACAACUUCUACUGGAUCUCUAACCAUGCUCUGGACACUGUAUGGCAACCAGCAGAAUGCUUGGCUCCAGGGACAGAUACCUCUAGUGCCUAUGUCCAACACAUACACAAUUGUGUUUGAAGGUAUCCGAGGUUCUAGUUACCAAGGAGACAUUGCCCUUGACGAUAUCCUGUUCACACCAUCACCAUGUGGAUAUUUACCUGCAACAGCUAAUCCCACCAAUGCUAGCACCACCCCAGCACCUACGACAACUCCAACUCCUACACCAUUUGUGAGCCAGUCCAAAUAUGACUGUUCAUUUGAACAAAAUAUGUGUUCAUGGACACAAGCUACAGAUGAUGUAUUUAACUGGACACGAGCUCAAGGUCCUACUGCGUCCGUCCAGACCGGUCCAACCAAUGACCACACACUAGGGACUGGACAAGGUUGGUACAUGUUUAUUGAGUCGUCUAACCCACGUAAGAUGAAUGAUUCUGCUCGUCUUGUGUCAGCAUCUGUACCUUCUGGGUCUCAGCAAUGCUUGAGUUUCUGGUACCACAUGUAUGGACCAAACAUCAAUAGACUCAAUGUCUACAUCAAGAAGGGCAAUAGCUAUGGUACACCGGUAUGGACAAGAUACGGCACUCAGGGAAACAUCUGGAUACAGGCUCAUUACCCAAUUCCUAGUCAGUCAGUCCAGUAUAAUAUCGUAUUUGAGGGACUAACUGGAGCAGGUUACCGUGGUGAUAUUGGACUUGACGAUAUCAAGCUUGUAGCAGGACCUUGUCAAUCUACAGGUGGACUACAGUGCAACUUUGAGACGUCACUCCUGUGUGGAUGGAGUCAGGACACAAGUGAUAAUAUAAACUGGAUACCAAAGGCUGGCAGGACUUCCUCCUCAGGCACUGGACCAUCAACUGACCACACCACAGGAACAUCUUCUGGACACUACGUCUACAUUGAAUCAAGUCGACCAAAUGUUCCUGGCAACAAGGCUCGUCUGCUGAGUUCUUCUGUUACUACGACAACACCCAUGUGUCUACAGUUCUACUAUCACAUGUAUGGGAGACAAAUGGGAACCUUGAACGUGUACCAGCGUGUAGGCACAACCCUGCCUACUGCUCCUAUCUGGACCAGGUCCUUUAAUCAGGGCAACAAGUGGAUCCCUGGUCAAGUCACCAUCCAAAACAAUAAGGCUUACCAGGUGGUGUUUGAGGGGAUUGUAGGGGCUGGAUACACCAGUGACAUUGCUCUUGAUGACAUCAAUACUUCUGCAGGAGCUUGCCCUGACCCAGGAAACUGUGACUUUGAGACAGGCUUGUGUACUUGGACCAAUGUACAUGAUGGGACAGACCAGUUUGAUUGGCUACUUAACAGGGGCCGCACAACUAGUGCUAUUACUGGACCAAGCAAUGAUCACACCAAGGGAAAUUCAGGUGGACAAUACAUCUUUAUUGAGUCAUCUGCACCACGGAGACUUGGAGACCGUGCAGAGCUUAAAAGUCAGUUAUUGCAAGCUACAUCAGCAAGAUGUUUGAAUUUCUGGUACAAUAUGUAUGGGUCAGAAAUUGGUUAUCUGAAUGCCUAUAUACAGCCUCAGAAUGCUACAAACAGCACGCAAAGAAUCAAGAUCUGGUCCUUGUAUGGUGAUCAAGGCAACCAAUGGAGGUCAGCCAGGUCCAUGUACUACAGCAGUGUACCCUUCUAUUUGGUGUUGGAAGGACAACGUGGGAAUGGUAUCCAUGGUGAUAUUGGUGUGGAUGAUAUAAGUCUCACAGAUGGCCCAUGUACAGUAUUUCCUGUCCAGGCAGCUGCCCCUUCAGAAUUGACUCCGCCCACCACUGCCAUGCCAACCUCCAUGACAACACCUUUUGUGUCUUCACCAUUUGACUGUACUUUUGAGAAGCAUUGUCCCUGGACACAGGCCCAUAAUGACAACUUUGACUGGACACUGGCAAGUGGCCCCUCGUCCACUACUGGAACUGGCCCCACUAACGACCACACUCUUGGUACAUCUCUAGGUCAUUACAUGUACAUUGAGGCUUCAUCACCCCGACGACCCAAUGAUACAGCUCGACUUGUAUCCCCCAGUAUUGGAGCUACCAGCGGUUCUUGUCUGCGAUUCUGGUACCACAUGUAUGGAACUCAUAUUAACACUCUUAAUGUAUAUAUGGCUGUAAAUGGGUCAAGGUCAGUUGUCUGGACACACACUGGUACCCUAGGCAACCAGUGGAACUCAGCUUCGGUUAAUCUCAUCAGUUCCCAGUCAUUCCAAAUCCUGUUUGAGGGAGUGCGAGGGGUGAGCUAUCGGGGAGACAUUGCCAUUGAUGACAUAAGCUACUCAUACCAACCAUGCACGGGGUCACCUGUCACAUCCUGCAACUUUGAGAAUUCCAACAUCUGUGGUUUCCAACAAAGCAAGAACGACAAUUUUGACUGGACAAGAUAUGCUGGUCACACAUCAAGUUUAUAUACGGGUCCAACUAAUGACCAUACUUAUGGAACAGCCAGAGGUCAUUACAUGUACAUUGAGUCAAGUCGGCCACAGGUUACUGGACAAAAGGCAAUAUUAAUGAGCCCCUCUUUCCCUCAGACUUCUGGGUCUUGUAUCAGUCUCUAUACACAUAUGUAUGGCAGAGGUAUCGGUACACUCAAUAUUUAUGUCAAAACAAGCUCCUAUGUGAAGAAGAUUUACACCAAGUCUGGCAACCAGGGAAACAAGUGGUUCCUCGUACAGGCUUCUGUGCCAUUGACAACAGGCAACUAUUCUGUUUGGUUUGAGGGGAUUGUUGGUUCUUAUGCAGGCGAUAUUGCCAUCGAUGACUUAACCAUUAGUCCUGGACUCUGUCCAUUAGCAGGAAACUGUGGCUUCGAGAAGGGCUUUUGUACAUGGACUAACAUGAAAAAUGAUGAUUUUGAUUGGCUGAUCGGGAAAGGUCAGACAAAUAGCCAGUUUACUGGUCCAUCAAAUGACCACACUCAAAACACACCCCAAGGACACUAUGCCUUUAUUGAGGCCAGUUCCCCUCGUGUACCGGGAGAUAUCGCUAGGAUACAGAGUCAAAGUUUUGCCCCAGGAACAAGUCAGUGUUUCCAUUUUUGGUACUAUCUAACUGGCAGUGGUAUUGGUACACUCAACGUGUACUUGGCAACAGCAUCAGGCAAUCAGACUCUGUGGACACUGAGUGGAAAUCAAAAGAGUAUGUGGGAGUCUGCCCAAGUGCGCCUAAAUAGUACAACACAAUUCACUGUGAUAAUAGAGGGUAUCCGCGGCUCUAACUACAUGGGAGACAUUGCCAUUGAUGAUGUUAGCUUCACUACUUCAGCUUGUACAUUAACACCAUCCUAUGCUAAUCCAUUAUCUCAGACAACAGGCAGUACCAUGACCACACCUGCUUUAACUACAGCUGCUCCAACACCAGCGGCCACCCAAUACGACUGUAACUUUGACACAAAUGGACUCUGUCUAUGGAAGCAGGAUACUCAAACUGACCAAUUCAACUGGACACGAGCACAAGGCCCAACAGGCACAGCCCUGACAGGUCCAACCAAUGACCAUACAAAGGGAACGAGAUAUGGCUGGUACAUCUUUAUUGAGGCAUCUAGUCCACGUCGUCCUAAUGAUACAGCCAGGGUGAUGUCCCCAUUAAUAUCAGACAACAGCCAGAGAUGUCUUAGUUUCUGGUAUCACAUGUACGGUACACAUGUAAAUGCCCUUAAUGUAUACCAAACUGGUAGUAUAUCCAACCUUGGUGCUGCUAUCUGGAGCAGGCAUGGAACACAGGGUAACCAAUGGCGACAGGCAAAGGUUUCUCUCACACCCACCUCACCAUAUAUGAUUGUGUUUGAGGGAGUUCGGGGCCUGAGCUAUCGUGGUGAUAUUGCCAUAGAUGAUAUCAGGAUGGCAUUAGGAAGCUGCAGUUAUGCAUCUAUGAACAACUCGUGUGACUUUGAGAGUUCUACAAUCUGUGGCUACACCCACUAUAUGAGUGACCAGCAUCCAUUCCAAUGGCACCAUGGAUCAACAGCCUCCUCCGGAACUGGACCAACUGCUGACCACACCUUGGGUACCACUUCCGGUCACUAUGUCUACAUGGAGUCCUCAAAUGUACCAGUCAACAUGACAACGCACUUAAUAACACCAGCCAUGACUCCCUCAUAUGGUCCAGUUUGUGUGCAGUUCUACUAUCACAUGUAUGGUCGUAAUAUUGGGGCACUGAAUGUCUACGUCACAACCUCUAACACUGAUGUAAGUCAAAAGGGUCAGGCUGUGUGGACACGUAACUUCAACCAGGGCAAUGUAUGGCAUCGUGGACAAGCCACUAUUACUCCGAAUGGACAGUACUAUGUUGUAUUUGAGGCUGUGAGAGGAAGCUCUUAUCUUGGAGAUAUAGCACUUGAUGAUGUCAGUUUUAGGAGUGGACAGUGUGGAAAUGCAGGUUUCUGUGAUUUUGAAAAGAACACAUGUGCAUGGACGAAUGUUCAGAAAGGAGAUGAUUUUGAUUGGCUUAGAUCGCGAGGAAGUACCAGUAGUCAGUUCACUGGGCCUUCAACAGAUCACACUCUUGGCACUCCUCAGGGUUACUACAUGUUUCUGGAGACUAGUGCACCUCGUGUUCCAGGGGAUAAAGCCCGACUUGCCAGUGAAAUAUUCCCUUCAAAGCAGACAGCUUCGUGUUUUAUUUUCUACUACCACAUGUAUGGAGCUGAUGUGAACAGGCUUACAGCUUACAUUCUCACCAAUCAGACAACAGACACAUUUACCUCAGAGGCCAUGUUAUGGACCCUGCAGGGGCAGGCAGGCAAUACCUGGAAUAUGGGGCAAAUUAAUAUCCCAACAGUUUACACUGCAAGACCUUUCCAGAUUGUACUUGAAGGUGUCCGUGGAACAGGCUAUAAGGGAGAUAUUGGUUUGGAUGAUUUCUCACUAAGUGACCAGAGCUGUGUAACUUCACCACCAUCUGCUAACCCUAUAACAAAUGCUCCAUCAGUGUUCUGUCAAUUUGACAUGGGCAAUACAUGUUCCUGGACCCAAAGUUCGACUGACAACUUUAACUGGACCCUUACUACAGAUGGCCAUGGUCCAUCAACUGGACCUUUUGGUGACCACUCAGACUCUGGUAAUGGUCACUACAUUUAUACACAAGGGAGUGGACACACACCAGGAAGUCGAGCUGUCUUGAACUCACCAGUUCUGCCUCCAACUACACAAGGUGGAAACUGCUUCACAUUUUACUAUCACAUGUUUGGUCCAACUGUUGGAUCACUGAAGGUCUAUACUGUACUUGGAGGCUCUCGUCAGUUACGUGGAUCAUUUACCGGUACACAAGGCAACCGCUGGAUUCUGGCUCAGUAUAACAUUGAAUCACAUACUGACUACCAGAUUCAGUUAGAGGCCACAACUAAGGGAACAUUUGCUGGAGACAUUUCUAUUGAUAGCAUCAACAUGGACAACGUCAAUUGUGCCAACUCCAGUCUUGCCCACCACAAUACCGACAGUCACUUCCUGUAUGCGGAUGCAUCGUCCCCAGCCAGGCAGGGCUGGAAGGCACGCCUUAUCAGCCCUCAAUUCCCUUCCUCUACUGGAGAAUGCCUGCGCUUUUACAUGUUUAUGACAGGGAAACCACAUGCCAGCCUCAGUGUUUACCUACGGUCUGCUUCGGGUACUGAGAGCUCUAUUUGGUCGAGGACCGACAAUGUUCAGGGCAAUACCUGGAUACCAGGGGAGGUGACUCUAACCAGCCAAACUAACUUCAAUGUGAUAAUAGAGGCCUUGCGUGGUCCUUCCUCUACAAGUGAUGUAGCCAUUGAUGAUUUGACCAUCAGUCCUGGACCUUGUCACAGGGCAGGUGCCUGUAAUUUUGAGCAGGGCCUCUGUGGUUACACAAACUUGCAGGGUGAUCAGUUUGACUGGACACGUGGUCAAGGGAAAUCCCCCUCAUCCUACACUGGUCCUACAGUAGACCACACCAAAGGGACCACCACUGGUCACUACAUGUUUAUCGAAAGUAGCAGUCCCCAACGUCUAGGUGACAAGGCAUGGCUUGCCAGUGACCCAAUACAGCCCACAACUGGAUCAUGUCUCACGUUCUGGUACAACAUGAAUGGUGCAGGAAUUGGCACACUGAAUGUAUACUACAUGAACUCCACUAACAACAAAAUUUUCUCCAUGAGUGGAAAUCAUGGGGAUGUAUGGAUGAUGGGCAAUGUGACCCUUGUGUCCACCCAGCAUUUCAAGAUUUUGUUUGAGGCUAUCAGAGGACAGAAUUACAAAGGAGAUAUUGCUAUAGAUGACAUUGAUGUGGCACCAGGUUACUGCUCUCUACAGACCACAGUAUCACCUAUAACUACUCCACAACCCACUCUUGCUACGCUUACAGGUUGUGAUUUUGAAUCUGGAUUCUGUAAUUGGAAUCAGGACCAUUCAGAUACUUUUGAUUGGACAAGGGAUACUUCAGGCACUUCCAGUGUAGGAACUGGCCCCCAGUUUGAUCACACACUUCAAAACAGGAAUGGCCACUACAUAUACAUAGAGGCAUCAGGCAAACGUGCCAAUUCCACAGCACGCCUAAUCAGUCCCCCUGUAAACACCCCUGGUAAACUGUGCGUCCAGUUCUGGUACAAUAUGUAUGGCCAGCAUAUCAACAAAUUGAACCUUUACACAAAAACGAAUAACAUGCUCAGUCCUGCCCUGUGGACCAAGGCUGGUAACCAAGGAAACAAGUGGAUCCAGGGACAAGUGGAUAUUGUAUCAUCUCCUGGGAGUCAGGUUGUUUUUGAGGGCACAGCAGGUUUAGGUUACCAGGGAGACAUAUCAUUGGACGACAUCAAAAUCUUGAAUGGUGUCUGUCAAGGUUCAGCCACUUGUGAUUUUGAACAAAGCAGUAUUUGUGGAUAUCAACAAGACUUGAAUGAUAACUUUGACUGGACAUGGGGCCAUGGAUCAACAGGGUCAGCUGGAACAGGACCCACCAAUGACCACACAUAUGCUACAUCUUCAGGUCACUACAUGUACACUGAGACAUCAGCACCACGUGUCCAGGGCGACAAAGCUAACCUUCGCUCUCCAUCUUACCCAGCCUCCCAACAAAAAUGUCUCUCAUUCUGGUACCAUAUGUAUGGUCAGAAUAUCGGCACUCUUAACAUCUAUGUCAGCACCUACAACCAGCUAGGCAGCGCAGUGUGGUCACUGUAUGGUAACCAGAGUAAUUCUUGGCACAAAGGUCAAGUGACCAUCUCAAGUCGGUCCACCUACCAGGUGGUGUUUUCUGGGAUAAGAGGAAGUGGUUACCAUGGUGACAUAGCAAUUGAUGAUAUCAGUAUGGAUGAUGGUGCCUGUGCUGGCCCUGGAACCUGUGACUUUGAAAGCGACUUGUGUAGUUGGACACAACGCCAGGAUGACAAAUUUGAUUGGUUAAGACGUAAAGGACCUACACCAUCUGUAGGAACAGGACCAUCCUCUGAUCACACCCUCGGCACAUCAGCAGGGUAUUACCUCUUCAUUGAGACAAGCCGCCCACGCAAGUUGGGAGAUAAUGCAGUGAUCCAAUCACAGCUGAUCCCCAACCAACCACAGCUCUGCUUCAGUUUCUGGUAUAAUAUGCAUGGACAGAGUGUGGGCAACCUUAACAUCUCCAUGCAGAUAAAGGGUGACCCUAAUAAAAACUUAAAGAAGUCCAUCUCAGGUGAUCAGGGCACAGGCUGGAAACAGGGCCAGGUUGACAUGAGUGAUGCUUACGAUGACUUCAAGAUAUUGGUUGAAGCGGGUGUUGGAUCUGGUUACCAAGGAGACAUAGCCAUUGAUGACUUAAGACUGGACUACACUGCCUGUGGUGGUGGUUCUAGUGCUAAUGGAACAUUCAACUGCACUGGAGGACAAAAUCCCAGCAAAGUAAUUCCUCUCAACAAAGUCUGUAACUUCAUGGUGGACUGUCCAUACGCCUCGGAUGAAACUAAUUGUGGUGCUUGUAGUUUUGACCAGGAUUACUGUAGUUGGCAACCAAACCUGCAGGGAGUGUUCACCUGGGUACGAGGAAACAGGAGGAGUAGUGAUAACACAGGUCCGGCAUUUGAUCACACACGAGGCAACCAAUAUGGUUACUAUGUCUAUGUAGAUGCAGCACUUGGUACAUCCAGGAGUAUAGCAACUCUGACAGGACCACUUCUACAGCCUUGUAGUUCAACCUGCCAGAUUCAGUUCUGGUAUAACAUGUAUGGCAGAGGAAUUGGCAGUCUUAGCGUAGUCAUCACCGAAGGGGGCCAGAAUACGACCAUCUGGAAACAGAGUGGUAACCAAGGUAGCCAUUGGAUCAAGGCUGUUGUAGAUAUAGGCCGUGUGGGACGACCAUUCCAGCUGGUAUACCAGGCAACACGUACUUUCAACCAUUUAGGAAACAUUGCUAUUGACGAUCUGCAGCUGAUCAACUGUAACUUCCCAGCGGUUCAGCAAACAUGUUCUGCCGAUCAUUUCAAAUGUACUCGUGGAGCUUGUGUACCCAACUCUGACCUCUGUGACUUCACAGAUGACUGUGGGGAUUCGUCUGAUGAGCAGUCUUGUUCUUCCUACCACGCCCGGUGUGACUUUGAGACUAGUCUCUGUUCUUGGUCACAAGAUAAUACUGACAAUUUUGAUUGGACUCGAGCAACAGACCACACAGCUUCCUACGGUACAGGGCCAUCAAGAGAUCACACUAGAGGAACUGCAGCAGGUUAUUACAUGUACAUCGAGUCAUCAAGGCCUAGAAAACCAGGCGACAAAGCAAGACUUGUCAGCCCUGCCUUUAAAGGAGUAGUGACCAGUUCUACAGGUCAAAAUCAGGCAUGCACGCUUCGCAUGUAUUAUCACAUGUUUGGGAGGACCAUCGGAGCAUUGAAUGUGUACACACGCACUUCAGUGGGCGGACCCAUGAAAAUUAUCUGGCAGAAAACAGGCAAUGUGGGAGACUUCUUUGAGAGAGUGGACAUCCCCAUAUUUGAAUCUAGUCCAUUCCAAGUUGUGAUAGAAGGUGUGACGGGACAGGGUUACCAAGGCGAUAUUGCUGUGGAUGACUUGUCUAUGACCCCAGGAUGUAUACCAUCUUCCACACCACUUGUGACGGGUACACCAGGACCAGCAACCACACCUGGACCCUGUGGUAAUGGUAGCUUUGCCUGUCCUGGAAAGUGCAUUAAUCAGAACCAGGUCUGUGACUUCAUCACACAGUGUUCUGACAACUCUGAUGAGGUCAACUGUGGUGCUUGUACUUUUGAGACUAACCAAUGUGGUUGGAGUGAUGCCAGUUCUGGCCGCUACAAUUGGCAUAGGUUCCAAGGAGCAUCACCUGGGACAGGAGGACCACAAGGGGACCACACUACAAACUCGCCAAAUGGUUACUACAUGCUGGUAGAAGGAUCAUCAGGCACUUUUUACAGUCGUGCUAAGAUGACAACUGUUGUUCUGGGACCAACUGCACCGAGCUGCCAAGUCCAGUUCUUCUACCACAUGUACGGUAUAGCAGCAGGAAACAUUCAGCUGAGUGUUGUCAAUGCUAAUAGACCAACAGACUCCACAGUGAUCUGGUACAAGACUGGAAACCAAGGGAAUGGAUGGAAGCAGGCAACUGCUGACAUUGGCACUCUUCCUGCUGGCUACAAGCUUCAAUUUGAUGCUCUGCCAUCCAAGUCCUUCCAAGCCUCAGGAAUUCCCCAAUCAGACAUAGCCAUUGAUGAUGUGAAGUAUGUAGCCUGCAAUCCUACACAGAUUGUAAACAACUCAGCCUUCAAUCUCAACUGUACUUUUGAAUCUGGACUGUGCGGCUACUUCCAAGAAACAUCUGAUGACUUUGAUUGGACACUGACCAAUCAGUCAUCUCCCACUAUGGGAACAGGCCCUGACAGAGACCAUACAACAGGAACAGGAUUUUACAUCUACAUUGAGACCUCCUCGCCUCGGCAUGCUGGUGAAAAAGCAAGGAUCACAUCUGGUAUCCAGAAGCCGACCUCAGCCCAGGGUGUGUGCCUGACCUUCUGGUACCAUAUGUUUGGGGCCCAUGUAAAUACCCUCAAUGUAUACCAACAGCAUCCCCAAGUAGGCAACCUCUCUCUGGUCUGGUCACGCUCGAAAACACAAGGCAAUGUUUGGAAGAAGGGGCAGAGAACAAUCAUCAGCAAUCAACCAUAUCAGAUUGUAUUUGAAGGCAUGGUUGGAGUUAGCUGGCAAGGUGACAUUGCUUUGGAUGAUAUUUCUGUGGUCCCUGGACCCUGUCCUGCUCCAGCCAUUUGUGACUUUGAAGCAGACUUCUGUGGAUGGACUCAAGAUACAACAGAUGAUUAUGAUUGGACCAGAGAUAGAAAUGGAACAUCCUCCACUGGAACUGGUCCAGCCUACGAUCACACAACAGAGAGUCAAUAUGGUUACUAUAUCUACACUGAAGCUUCUUCACCUUUAGUGAUGGGAAACAAAGCUCGUCUUAUCAGUCCCAACUUCACACCCCUUGGAUCAUCAGAAUGUUUGCACUUUUGGUACCAUAUGUAUGGACAAAAUGUGGGUACUCUUAACGUGUAUCUCCAGCCAAGCAGUUCGUCUACAAGAUCUACCAUCUUCACUAAGACCGGAAACCAAGUCAAUCUAUGGCUUUAUGCCACUGUGCAGUUGACUCAGACCAUUGACUACCGUAUAAUUUUUGAAGGAGUUCGUGGCAAUGGUUACCAAGGUGAUAUUGCUAUUGAUGAUGUCAGGAUUACUGCUGGAAAGUGCAAGCCUAUAGGCACAUGUGACUUUGAACUUGACACAUGUGGGUAUGGAAACACACGUAUAGGUGAUCAGUUUGAUUGGCUGAGAUCGGCAGGUGGUACUAUAACUCGUAACACCGGACCCUCUGUAGAUCAUACCACCAACUCUGACAGAGGUUUCUACAUGUUGGUAAAAGCUAAUGGACGCCAAGCUGGGGAGAGAGCCUGGCUUUACAGCCAAUACUUCCCUGCCAGUCCGGCUUCCUGCCUGACUUUCUGGUACCAUAUGUAUGGUAAAGAUAUUGGUGUCCUUCGUGUGUACCAACCUGCAUCUACUGGGACAGCGUUAGUCUGGAAUGCCACUCAUAACCAGGGUAAUGUUUGGAGACAGGCAAAAGUGGAUCUCAACAGCACAGUUAGCUACCAAGUGACAUUUGAUGGAGAAGUUGGUACUGGUUACCAAGGUGACAUUGCCCUCGACGAUAUCGCUCUUAAUCCAGGACACUGUAGUGACCUGACUACAACAAUACCGACAACUGCUGUUGUUAGCACUGUCACUUACCCCCCUAGUGUAUACGACUGUAACUUUGACCAGAACACUUUAUGUACAUGGAACCAGGACAAGGCAGACAUAUUUGAUUGGACACUGCACAAAGGUCAUACAACGUCAUUUGGCACUGGACCUUCAGCUGAUCACACCACAGGAAGUACCAAUGGAUAUUAUGCUUACAUCGAAUCCUCCGGUCGUCAUAGAAAUGAUACAGCUCGUUUGACCAGUCAGAGUAUGAUUCUAAUGACUAGUGGGAAGUGCUUCAAGUUCUGGUACCACAUGUUUGGGGCUGAUGUUUACAAGCUUAACAUAUAUGCUAAACAAAGUGGAAAUAUAGGAAAUCCAAUAUGGACGAAGAUUGGAAACCAGGGUAACUUCUGGAAGUUUGCAUCUGUGUACAUGACACCAGAAACACUGGCCUCUCCAUCACCACAAGCCAGUAUACAGGUUGUUAUUGAAGGAGUUGUAGGAAAGAGUUACCUUGGUGAUAUUGCUAUUGAUGACAUUUCAGUCAAUGAUGGCCCAUGUCCCACCUCCAAUACCUGUGAUUUCCAGUCUUCCGACAUAUGCCAAUAUUCCCAAGACAACACAGACAACUUUGAUUGGGUGAGAACAUCCGGAGGAACAUCAAGUGUCCAAACUAGCCCACAGUCAGAUCACACUUAUGGAACUAAUGAAGGUUACUACAUGUAUAUUGAGUCUUCUGCACCCCAAGUUAGUGGAGAUAAAGCUAGGUUGCUGACCCCAUCCUAUCCAGCCACCACUGGCCAGUGUUUGACCUGGUACUAUAACAUGUAUGGAAUCGGUACUGGCUCCUUGGCUGUUCGCCUCUUCUCCCAGGGUCGGCUAAAGCCUGCAAUAUGGUUGAGAUCAGGUACCCAAGGAAACAUGUGGAGAGUAGCUCAGGCAACAUUGAAUAGUGACUCGCCAUUCCAGGUAAAGUUUGAGGGAGUCAGAGGUUCCAGUUACACAGGUGAUAUUGCUAUUGAUGAUUUGUAUAUCUCAGAUGGCAAUUGUCCUACAGUAGGAUUCUGUAACUUUGAACAAGAUACAUGUGGCUGGACUAAUGCAGUAACAGUGGAUGAUUUUGAUUGGUUGAGAGAUAACAAUGAUACCCCCAGUAAAUUGACAGGACCAAGUGUAGACCAUACUAGAGGCACAUCAUCUGGUCAUUACAUGUACAUCGAAUCUUCAAGACCUCGUCGGCCUGGUGACAAAGCACGAUUGGAUACCCCAAAAUUCAGUAGCACUACUGCAUCCUGCUUCCAGUUCUGGUACAGUAUGUAUGGCAAAACUGUUGGCCGUCUCAAUGUAUAUCAGCGAGCAGUUUCAACAACAAACCUUGGCCAACCAAUUUGGAAACGCAGUGGCCCACAAGGCCCACAUUGGCAUCUGGGCCAGGUAACGGUUCGUAGCCAGACUGACUUCUUUUUGACAUUUGAGGGAGUAGUUGGAAGCAGUUUCUAUAGCGACAUAGCCAUAGAUGACAUUACCAUGACUACUGGAUACUGUCCACCCCCAGGCUCCUGUGAUUUUGAAGCAGGUCUUUGCACUUGGUACAAUAACCAGGUCAAUGAUACAUUUGAUUGGCAGAGAAAUAAGGGGCCAUCAGCAUCUGUAGGAACUGGGCCUGUAGUGGACCACACUCUGAACAGCAGGUAUGGAACCUAUAUUUACAUAGAAGCUUCAUCUCCCAGGCACUCUGGAGACAAUGCCUACCUGAUGUCACAGAUGUUCACUACAACACAGAGGUGUAUACAGUUUUACUACAACAUGUAUGGCAAUGGUAUGGGUUCUCUAAACCUGUGGAUGUGGCAAAAUAAUGGACAGACAUCCCACAAUUUAUGGACCAUGGCGGGUAAUCAAGGCAAUGCCUGGAAACAAGUUCAGAUACAAAUACCUACUGCUUCUUCAAGUUACAGACUUGUGUUCGAGGGAGUUGUGGGUAAUACUUUGACCAGUGAUAUGGCUCUGGAUGAUAUAUUAGUAGUAUCUGGAUUGUGUUCCCAGAUACCGACCCCGACUCCAGUGGCCACAUGUGCAUUCCACUGCAAGAAUAAUGCAAGUCAAUGCAUCAGCAGCAAUCAGGUUUGUGACUUCAACAAUGACUGCAGUGAUGGUAGUGAUGAAACCACUUGUGGAUAUUCCUGUGAUUUUGAGACGAAGGGAGCCUGCAAAUGGACAAAUGGCACUACUCCACAAACCAGUCAGUUUGCAUGGAAGCGACAACAUGCCCAGUUACAGUCUAGUAAUGCUGGUCCUGCAACUGACCAUACCACCCUGGGACCAAAUGGCUAUUACUUGUAUGUGGAGCCUGUGACAGGCCAAACUUAUAAUCAUGCCAAUUUAUUGAGUCCUGUCUUGGGUCAGGCUGCUAGCACUUGUCAGUUAUCCUUCUGGUAUCACAUGUCAGGCACUAACAUUGGAUCGCUUGCUGUAUACAUGGUAAAUGGUGGUAGUACCACUAGUACACGACUCUGGAAUAUCGCAGGGGACCAAGGCAAUAGGUGGAACCAGGCUAUAGUACCGAUUGGCCGCUUAAAGAACAGUUUCUAUCUUUACAUCGCUGCCCAACGUACCUUCAGUACGAUUGGUGACAUUGCAAUAGACGAUAUCCAGUUCCAAGGGUGUUCUCUACCCUCAUUGACCAACUCCUGUAAUAACUUUAACCAGUUCCACUGUACCCGUGGGUCAUGUGUGAGCUCCAGUCGGGUUUGUGACUUUACUGAUGACUGUGGCGACAAUACUGAUGAAGCUACAUGUACAGGUUAUGACAGGUGUGACUUUGAACAAGGAAUAUGUGAUUGGACACAACUCACAGAUGAUGAUUUUAACUGGUCAUUACGAACAGGAUCCACCCCAAGCAGGAACACUGGGCCAGCAAAGGACCAUACUCUUAACACAGCCAGUGGACACUACUUGUACAUCGAGACAUCACGCCCGAGGAGACAGGGUCAAAAAGCCAGAAUUGCAAGUCGCUUUUUUACAGGAACACCAAAUGCACCCUACUGUGUGAUGAGGUUUUACUACUUCAUGUUUGGACAGACUGUUGACACAUUAGCUGUCUACAGAAGAUCUCAAGUCAAUGGUCCUCUGACAUACAUUUGGAGCAUCAAAGGUGCAGUUGGGGAAUUUUAUGCUAGGCGUGAAGUUGCUGUAAUGACAGGGUCACCAUUCCAAAUAGUUAUUGAGGCCACAGUGGGAAGUUCCUACCUCAGUGACAUUGCUAUUGAUGAUGUGUCUUUCUCAAAGGAAUGUAUACCAUUUAACGGUAAUGUGCCCACAGGUACCCCAGGAAGUAGUAUUGGCACCACUGUUGGACCCUGUGGCUCUGGCCACUGGCAAUGUACAAACCAAAAGUGCAUCCUGACAAGUCAACGUUGUGACUUUAUAGACAACUGCGGGGAUGGAUCUGAUGAGGCUAUGUGUGGUGCUUGUACCUUUGAGGGCUCCAGUUGUGGAUGGUCAGACCUCAGCACAGGACGUUAUAUGUGGCAACGGCACAAUGGAUCUACACCAUCACCUAUAUCCGGCCCAUCAGUUGACCAUACCUAUGGUAGUUCUGGCAUUGGCAACUACAUGUUCGUUGACUCCUCUAAGGGAUCAUCUUAUGGCAAAGCUGAACUUGUCUCUCCAAACGCAUAUGGAAAUUUGGCUGACACAUGCCAAAUUAGUUUGUACUUCCACAAGACUGGUACAACAUCAGGCUCCUUGAAGCUGUAUGUUGUACCCCCCACAGUACUUCCUAAUGCCAGAACAGGACGAGUUCAGAUAUGGGCUGUGUAUGGUGACCAUGGUUCACAGUGGAAUAAAGCUACCGUAAAUAUAGGCCGUCUCACACCAGGAUAUAGGUUGGUGUUUGAGUCAGUUAAAUAUCAAAAUUCCGGUGACAUGGCUAUUGAUGACAUCUCUUUUAACAGCUGUGCUUUGGGAACAAAUGCCACUGGUGGAGUUUGUGCCUCAAAUCAAUUUUCAUGCCGGCGUGGAUCUUGUGUGGACCAGUCACUGGUGUGUGACUUCAAUGAUGACUGUGGUGAUUACUCCGAUGAGGAGCAAUGUACAAAAUAUGUUCAACGUUGUAACUUUGAAAGAGACCUUUGCAAUUGGUCACAAGACGACAGUGAUGACUUCCAAUGGACUUGGAAACAAGGUAAGACAGCUACAGACAGAACAGGACCAGCAACUGACCACACCUAUGGUAAUCCAACUGGACACUAUUUCUUCAUAGAAACUUCCGCUCCAAGACGAUUUGGUGACAAGGCCCGUCUGAAAAGUAUUGUCUUUUCACCUAACACACAAAGUACUUGUAGAAUAAGAUUCUUCUAUUACAUGCAAGGUGUGGAUGUGAAUGCACUAAAUGUGUACACAGAAAGCUUUGAGAGUGGACCGCUUAAUCUAAUUUGGAGUAAGAACGGCUCUCAGCCGGCUCAGUGGAUCAGGGCAGAUAUUCCUCUGACAAGUUCUUCUGCCUUCCGAGUUGUCAUUGAGGGUGUGCGAGGUACCUCCUACCAUGGAGAUAUUGCCAUUGAUGAUGUCUCAUUCACACCAUCCUGCAAGGAAAUCCAGUAUGCCACUCUACCAUUCAUACAGACAACAGUUGGCCCGUGUGGGUCAGGUAAGCGACAGUGUAACAGCGGCCAGUGUGUAGCCUGGUCAGCCUUCUGUGAUUUUAAGCGAGAUUGUUCAGAUGGAAGUGAUGAAGAUAGCUGCCCCUGGCUCUGUGACUUUGAUACUGCAGAUUUCUGUUUCUGGACAAAUGACCACAUUAACCAGUUUAACUGGACACUGGGUAGAAACAUGAACCCCGCAGCGACUAGUAACCCGGGACCCAGUACUGACCAUACUCGUGGGACAUCAGCAGGGUCAUAUGCUGUUGUGGAUGCACCACAAAACACACGUAAUGCUGUCACACGAUUAGACAGUCCCCUCUUCCACCAGUCUGGCAAAACUUGUGUCUUUUCCAUGUGGUUCCAAAUCAAUGGUGGAAAUUUCCGCUACUUCACAAUAUACCUUAGUACUAGAGGAAGAGAAAGCCAACUUUGGUCAAUGGACAACCAAGCAUUACAGGCUGUGCCUAAUGCUACCUGGACACAAGUUCAAACCAAUCUACCUGUAUGUGCCUCAGACUUCCGCAUUGUAAUUGAAGUAAAGACAUAUGGUACAAGGGCUGGCUACAUAGCUGUAGAUGACUUGCAUUUUCAUAGUUGUUCUUACCCUGCCCCCACUGGCUCUUGUUUACUGGGACAGUUUACAUGUGGAUCUGGCAACUGUGUACCACAAAACUUAAAGUGUGAUUAUCAGCAUGACUGUUGUGACGGAACAGAUGAGUCGGCUCAGACUUGUGAUGGCUACGGACAAUGUGACUUCGAGUUGAAUACCUGUAACUGGCAGCAGUUGACUAAUGACCAGUUUGAUUGGAAGCGACACAAAGGUAAAACCUCCUCCUUCCUGACUGGCCCAUCACAGGAUCACACCACUGGAACUGUGUCUGGAUAUUACAUGUACAUAGAGAGUUCUUCUCCUCAGAGGGUUAACGAUACUGCUAGACUUGGGUACUACUUACCAGUCCCUACAUCACCUUGUGCUUUGCGAUUCUGGUACCACAUGUAUGGCCAAGACGUUGGGGAACUCAAUGUAUACAUGAACUCGAUUGGUAGUGGUGGACUUGUACUGCUGGAUAACAUUACAUCUGAUCAAGGUAAUUCCUGGAAGCGGCGUGAGGUCCCACUCACCAGCAAUACGCCUUACAUGGUCAUUAUUGAAGGGGUCGUUGGAUUGGGUUACCAUGGUGAUAUUGCCAUUGAUGACAUAACGUUUACACCAGGAUGUGGUGCUUCACAGCCACCUACACCAACCCCAAGUGUGAACCCCUGCCCUAACAAUGGCUUUCAGUGUGGGGACAAAUCAUGCAUUGACAGUUCUAAGGUGUGCAACUUUCAGAACGACUGCAGUGAUGGCUCAGAUGAAAAUCAGUGUACAUCUUCUUGUCAGUUUGAACAAGGCAUGUGUAAUUGGAGGGAAUCUUCACCAGACUCUUUUGACUGGAAGCGGGGAAGUGGAGGUACCACUACAGCAAUCAGGAGUAUGGCACCCAACAUUGACGCCAACUACCAGAACCAAAAUGGAUUCUAUGUAUUCAUUAAAGACGGUACUCAAGGCCACCCAGUAGGUAAGACUGCACAGCUCAUGAGUCCUACAUAUGUGUCGUCAAAUUCUGAAUGCCUAAUACAGUUCUCUUACUACAUGAAUGGAGCAAGCCCCGGCUCGUUGUAUCUCUACCUUAUAGAGAAUGGGGUGAGGGUUACACUGUGGCACCAGACCACCGCCCAAGGUGACCAGUGGAAUGCGGUCACAGUAGGUGUAGGCAGGCAUACAUCCGCCUUCAACUUUGUCUUCUCCAAGAAAACGGCUGUGUAUAGUGGUGUGACAGCCAUUGAUAACAUCAAGUUCCUGAACUGUAAGAUGAAGCCUCCAGUUCAGACUUGUCCAAACAGCCAAACAACACACUUCUGGUGUCAGAACAAAGUCUGUAUAUCACGUAAUAACCUAUGUGAUCUCAGUGACAAUUGUGGUGAUAGGUCAGAUGAGCUCAGCUGUAGCAGUUAUAAACAGUACAGCUUUGAGUCUGGAGGCAUUCGGGAUCUGAUCCAAGGCAAUAACAGUGUUGAUGACGAUUUUGAUUGGUUAUUGUGGAAUGGCAGCUCACCCUCUCUCUACACUGGGCCCCUGUGGGAUCAUACAAUAGGGAAUCAGAACGGCCACUACCUGUAUAUGGAGUCUUCACGAAGGCGCUAUAACCAAAAGACGUGGUUACUGACGAAGCCAUUUUACAGAACAAACGGUCACCAAUGUACAUUACGUUUUUACUUCUACAUGUACGGAAAAUAUGUAAACCAACUGAAUGUGUACUACCGAGUAUACAAUUCUGGCCCUCCAACAAAAACACUGUUCACCCGGUCAGGAAAUCAGGGUGCCUACUGGCAGAGGGUAGCCUUAAAAAUCAAUGUUACUCAGAGUUUCCAAGUUAUCUUUGAGGCUAAAGUUGGAGAUACCUUCCUCGGAGAUAUUGCUAUUGAUGAUUUGUCAUUCACUCCUGACUGCCAGUACACUUCAGAGGCACUACCCGGCCCGCCAGUGACACCUGGUGUCACCACUCACACACCUCCAGUGACUGUUCCUCACACCUGUAAUGCAGCCACUGAGUUCAACUGUCAUUCUGAUGGUCAUUGCAUUGAUAAGAACAAUGUUUGUGACUUCAAGGCUGACUGUAAUGAUACAUCUGAUGAGGCAAACUGUGCCUCUCUCUUCUGUGACUUUGAUGAUGGUAGUUUGUGUGGCUGGCUUGUCAACACUACAAGCAAUGGUUUGCCUGACCAGGAUUACAAGUGGAAGCUUGACCAUGGAUCAACAGUCAAUCCUGGAGAUCGACGGCCAGCCAAUGACCAAUCUACUGACACUCCUGUAGGAGGUUAUGUUUGGGCUGACAGUUCUCCUGGAGUCUUCCAUGACACAACAGAACUAUAUACACCGAUGAUUGGGCAGACAGGGCCACAGUGUGUUUUCAGUUUUAACUACUGGAUGGAAGGUCCAUCAGUCAACGCCCUCGAUAUUUACAUCCUCUAUAAUAAUCAACAAAAAUACCUUUUCUCAAUUGAAGGUGAUCACGGUGCCAAAUGGAAUGAGGUAAAUGUAUUUAUUGGUCCAAAGUCCAGUUUCCAGGUGGUAAUUCAGGCACGGUGUGGUAGGAGUUUUCAGAAUGACAUCUCACUAGACAGCCUACAGUUUAUUGACUGUAUGCCUCUGGCUCAGCCUCCAUCUGGAUGCCCACCCGACAUGUUCUCUUGUCACAAUGGCUACUGUAUUGACCCUGCAAAGCAGUGUGAUUAUGCGGAUGACUGUGGUGAUGGUUCAGAUGAAUUUGUGGUACAUUGUGAUGAGAUAUACAAAGCCAGGUGUAACUUUGAAAAUGGCAUCUGUCCUCAAUGGUCAAAUGAGAUCACAGACAACUUUAAUUGGACACUCUCUACCUCCCAUACUCAAACUAUCGGCACUGGACCUCUAACUGACCAUACCUUGAGAAGUUCUAAAGGUACCUACCUCUACAUAGAGAGUUCCAGUCCCAGGAAGGAGGGAGACCAAGCACGCCUUGCUUCUGUUACUAUCAAAGGAACAUCACAGAACUGUGAAGUAAGGCUGUGGUAUCACAUGUGGGGCCAGGAUAUUGGAGACCUUACUAUUCUGAAACGUUAUGGAUACAAUCCGGGUGAUCUUCAACCAAUCGGUACACUCACGGGAAACAAAGGCGAUUUCUGGUUCACUGAGGAUAUCUUAGUGUCAAAUCAUCCUGGAGACACGAGGAAUUAUGAAAUUGUUAUUCAAGCCACAGUUGGAGCCGGUUACCAUGGUGAUAUUGCCAUCGAUGAUAUUUCCUUAACACCAGGAUGUGAGCUAGCAAACACACUUCUGCCGGGCACUCCAACCUCAACGCCUCCAGUAACUGGGUCCUGUGGUGCAGACAGACAUACAUGUACCAAUGGUAAUUGUUAUGGACCAGAAGAGCUGUGCAAUUUUAUUGAUGAUUGUGGAGACAACACAGAUGAGAUGACUUGUGGUACUGGAUGUACCUUUGAGACAGGACCUUCUUGGUGUGGCUGGAAAAAUUCAGAGCAGGACAAUGCUAACUGGAAAUUACAGACUGGACAAACCCCCAGCAAACUGACUGGACCACUUAAUGACCAUACAACCAACAAAACAACAGGUCACUAUCUAUACCUGGAGAGUUCGGCACCAUCUCACCCAGGAGAUAAAACCAUUUUAGAGAGUUCAGAAUACUUUGAGUCUGGCCCAGCUUGUAACAUGACCUUCUGGUACAAUAUGAAAGGACGAGAUAUCGGCUCACUCAGUGUAUUGGUCAAACUGAGUCUUGGUCCAAUACAGACACUCUGGACAAUAUCUGGUGACCAGGGACCUAACUGGAAAUUGGCAUCGGUGCCUCUGAUGAGCUAUCAUAAAUUUGUUAUCAUGAUCAAAGGUGUUCGUGGAAAUGGCUACCUUGGUGAUAUUGCCAUUGAUGACAUCUCAUUCAAUAACUGUAAACCUACCAUUGAAGUGGAGACAUGCCCGGAUAACCAAUUCAGAUGUCUCAGUGGAACACAAUGUAUACAGCAACGAUAUCACUGUGAUGAACGUACUGACUGCUCUGACAGCUCAGAUGAGGAUAAUUGUCGUACAAAUUCAGGGGAUUGUACAUUUGACCAGCCAAGCCCAAUUUCAUCUUGCGUCUGGCUCCAGCUGCAAGACGAUGACUCUGAUUGGCUUCAGGGACCUACGGUCUCUGCCCAGAGUGUAGGUACCAACAUUGAUCAUCGCAAUACAGCCAAUGGAAAGUUUAUGGUGAUGGACAGUUCAAACAUGAGACCAGGUGACACAGCACGCCUACAGACACCAGUUUUCCCGGCUAGUCGUGGAUUGUGUUAUGUACGCUUCUGGUACUAUAUGUAUGGCUCAUCAAACCUGGGAUCCCUUAGGCUAUUUACACAGAAUGCCAAUGAGCAGAAUAAUCAACUGUUCUGGUCCAUGAGUGGGAGUCAAGGUAACAAGUGGAAGUAUGCAAAUGUGUUGCUAGGUAGCGGCAAGAAUUUCUCAGUGAUAUUUGAGGCUACCCGUGGAGACGAGCCUCAGUCUGAAGUCUUACUGGAUGAUGUGUCCUUUACACCAGAGUGUUCUACAGGACAAGCAGCUGUAUUACCUACUGGACCUGCCUGUGAUGCAAACUCCUUCAUGUGUGCUCCAGUCAAUCAGUGUUACCCCGACACCUGGCGCUGUGAUGGUGUUGUUGACUGUCCUGACCGAUCUGAUGAACCAUUUUUCUGCCCUACCUCACCAGCUCCAACAGGAAGUACCCCUAAACAUGUGGGUUCCAUUGGAACCACUCAAACUCCAGCCCCAAAAACCCUGCCACCAUCAUCUCAGAAACCAAGCACCCAUGCACCCAUCAUAAGUACAUGUACUGACACCCAGAAGUCUUGUAGUGAUGGCAAGUGUAUCAACAAGCUCUACUUCUGUGAUGGUGUUGCUGACUGUUCAGAUGGUUCCGAUGAAAACGGCUGCUUGAAGUGCCACAAGGGUUUUUACUACUGUCUGAAACAACGCCAGUGCAUCAACAGUACUCGCUGUGACUCAAUAGAUGACUGUGGGGACAUGACUGACGAGAGUAUCUGUGGGUCAGCUUGCCCACCAAAUUUCUGCCAAAAUAAUGGAGUAUGUAACGCUGCCACGACCAAUGUACCUGGAUGCAGCUGUACCAGUAACUUCUAUGGUGACAGAUGUCAAUACUUAGGCAAGGGAUCAACAGCAUCACACACACAGACUCGGUCUAAGAGUAAUUCAUCUAAUAGUGUUGGUAUUGGACUAGGGGUUACAGCAGCAGUACUUGUAGUUGUAGCUGCAGUCCUGGGUGGAUACUUUUACAGAAAGAAUCAAAAAGCAAGAUUGGCUCUACCUGGCAUAGUGAAUCAGAUCUACGAGGAAUCAUCCAAUGAUAUGCGUGACGUAAUUUGCCAUGAGUGA